UCGGCUGCUAAGCGAAGGCUCUGGGCACUGUUGGCUGUGCUGGCGCGCAAUGCGGAUGUGUUUGUUGAAUUUGAGGUGACACGGAGAGAAAAAAAUAUAUCGCUGUGUCCGAGAACUGGCGGUUACUGUGGCUCUCGUGGUUAUGGUGGGUGGGAUAACACUGGUCUGUUUCAAGUUUAUCAGUAAAAAGCCAGGGUUGACCGAGUCCACUGGGGAUGAUCGGGAUAGGGAUGAUAAUGUUUCUCUCAAAGAGUGGAGUGACAUGCCCAGGCAUUUGCAGUUCAAUCCGCAUAUUAGGACGGGGUACAGGCCUCUUACAGACUUCAGCGGGUGCCUUAGGAGUCUUUUUUACGUUCAUAAUGAAACAGUUAAUAUCAUGACCCAUGGUUUCGCCAUUCUCUGCAUCCUGAUAACGGUCCCUUAUUGUCUGCCGUGGAGCGACCAAGGUGCCUUUUACGGAUUUCUAUCUUGGUGUCAUCUCAUCGGAGCCGCAAGCCCCUGGCUAGGGUCGUUUUUAUACCAUUUGUUCAUGAACCUGAAUCAUGGAGAGGCUGUUUAUCGGAGACUGCUCAAACUGGAUAUGCUUGGUAUCUGGGUUGUCCAGAGUAUUGGUGCAAUGCCGUUCAUAUCAGCGUCUAUUCAUUGUCUUCCUGGACCACUAUGGCACGCCUGCAUGGCUCUGUACAUAUUCUUGAGCCUGUGGGGCCUCGCGAAGGCAAUGAGGGCUACGUCACCUUGGGAAAGAAGAUUAUGUUUCUCACCGCCGUUCAUGAUGAGAAUGAUAUUUCUGACCCUCAGGUGUUUCCGGAUUGGUGGAGGCAAUCCUGACGCACUCAAGCACGUUGUUCUCCAGGAUCUAGUUGCGGUAAUAGGUGGCACAAUAGGAGCCCUUCGAAUACCGGAGAAGUGGUUGUCAGGUCAGGUGGACCUUGUCCUGAAUUCCCACAACAUAAUGCACGUGGUUGUGGUUUUGGCAGUGUGGUCGAUGCACUCAGCGACUAUUCAGGAUCUCCACUGGAUGACAGAUCCAUCAGCCUGUCAAGUUAUCUCCUCGUCUCCUCAUCACGAUGAUCUCUAACUCUCAUGCAGGAUUAUUAUUUUUUUCUCAUCGUAAGAGGAACAUCAACAUUCGGGAUCAUAUGAGAUACUGUGAUUGGGAUAUCAAGUUCCACGGUGUAUUUGAUAACUGUGAUUUUUCAAUGGGAAGUUCAUAACACGUGGGGAAUGAGUCUCUUGUUGAAUCAAGCACAUCAAAAAUAUCUUUUAUUGUACAGAUUUAAUCCCUUUCAUCACACAGACGUCGAUUAGUCGUUAUUUAGAUUCAGAGUUUCAUCGAAAAUCCAAUAUUUCGUUUUGUAUAUGACUUUUGAGAGUAGAAUUUAAAAGUUUUCUCGAUUCUAGUAGAUUUUUGUUUCGUUUACAGUAGAAAGAAUGUAAUAAUAGAAUUAAUAAUAUUUACAUUAAGAGCGAUUUAGGGAAAACAAACUUAGAACAAAUGAUCUCCAUUGUUAUUAAAGGGACCGUGAACAUGAUUUCUUUUUCAUUUUUGCCAGUCAAUAUUAGUGAUUUCAUUUAUGUUAUUCAGGGCAUUUCACCCUCAAUGCUCAUUAUCUAGCUCAUGUUUGACGUCCCCCAAAACGAUUACUUGAAAAUUAUUCAAAUUAAAAUGGUGGCUCAGUAAUAAUAGAAAUUUACUGCUGGUAGAUAAUCGAAAUUCAAAAAAUAUCAAAAA